AGCACUCGCCCCAGCCCACGCUGGGGUAAGUCCAUUCAUGAAGGUUCCGUGAUGAAUAGACAAGAUGGCGCCAGUGUGUGUGGCUCGCCGUCUGUCUCUUCCCCUGCUGUGUUUGUUUGUGUUGUUUUUUAUUGCUAGAGUCAACCCUCUUUUAAUGUACAAUCGCCAAACUCUGUUGGACCUCCGACUAGUUGCCAGUGAUCUUACCAAUACAACUUAUACUGGACAUAAGACGUUACCUCCAUUCCUAGCUGGGAUACCAGCUAACCUUUGUCGGACCCUGGCCCCAGCCUCACGGCGAAAGCGUUUCAGACGCCGGGGCAAACGUAGCGGUCUGCUCGUGAAACUUAAGGCGUACUUGGUGCGCUCUUCCCCGGCUCCUUGGAACAAACGUGGAUCUGUGCCUCAUCAUGUCUUUUCUCCGCGCUCUCUGGAGCCCAUCGAUGCCUGGCUGGUGCCCGUUGAUGUCCCAGCCGCGAAAGAUUUUCCCUCAUCUUCGUCGGCGCGGUGCGAACCUACAGAACCUGCGGCCGCUGUGUCGGGUCUCGCAGUCAGCCACGAACACGCUGACCUCCACCAGAGUGAUGCUGUCCAAACAGCACCUGCUGCUCUGCCCCGAUCCAGCAAAAAAAUGGCGGCAGUGUUAAAAAUGAUAUCAAAAAAUUUUGCUGAAUUGGCAGAACUAAUGAAAUAAAAGCAAAUGAAAAAUAAAACUGUGCAGGUCUGUGAGUGUGAUUAAUAUGAAUCUCCUACCCAAAUUGCCACAAUUUUUUCUGAAAUUAAACCAGAAAAAGUUGCAUUUCCUCUGUCACUUAGCUAAAUUAGUUCUUGUCUCAACAAGAGAUGUGGUGAGAGAAAAACAUGCAGUGUGCCUUGGCUGCAGCAGCUGGACCCACCACAACAACUUGAAAAUGUCAACGGUGCAGCAGGAAAGGGAUCUCAUGCAGCGGAGACGGAGGGCCCUAAACCCUAGGCUGCUUUCACUACAUGGGGGAAAUUCCCAGACAGCUUCAGCUGACAGAGCUGUGACGACACGCCCACCAAGCCCGGAUGAAAAGUGAGGCCGAGCAACAGAAUGCUGACCUUGAUAACUCUGCAUUAACAGUGCAGGGCAGUGACGGACCAACGCAGAGCAGAGAAAAGGGCGUGCUAGAGACAGAAGGAGCAACUGAGGUCAAAAGGCACCUCAGAACAGACAAACACAGAAGAAGAUCUAGGUUUCACCUGCGGCGAGCAUGGGUACUGGAGAAAGGACUGCACCAACUGGGGUCAGAACCAGGACGGACUGAACUUUGAACAGCAGCAGCAAUGGACGCAAACAGACUGAAGAGGAGGGCAGGACCCCUAUCAGCAAUAUCUGGUAUGGAUAUGUGUGACUGGACUGUGAUGGACUGGCGAUGUGGACUAAAGUUUAGACUGACUUGAUACUGACACAAAGACUGCACCAACUUUAGAAUUAGUAAAUGUUGAGCAACAAUUUACCCAGCUGGUAAGAAAAGCUUGGAUGCUUUGUUUUGUUUUUGCAGGAGCAGGAGGACAAGAGAGACCAGAGGGGGAGACGGUAGCUUCCCAAGAGAGGUGGAGCUGCAGACUGAACCCUUUAGAUGCUAAUUUAGAGUUACUGAUGUUUGCUUUAAGAAAACUGUGUUUAAUUGGCUGUGUUUUGAUGAGAGUAUCAUCUCAUAUUGUCGGGAAUGCCAAAUGCAAGAGUGGAGAAAACUUUUGAUAUCACUCAUGACUGGAAUAUGUUAUUAACCAUAGCACACUACUGUUAAAAAAACAAAACAAAAAAAUCAAUUAAAUUUUAUAGAGGAAAAUAGCCAAAACCAAAACAAUAUUUAUGAAUAACAUAGGGGAAUGGUAGAUUUGUCACAUUCAAAAUACAGUUAUGUAAUAACAAACACUGGGCCACGUGAUUUAGGUUCUCCCUUAAAGUAGACAAUUAUUAAAAGUAGACUACAACCGACAGGGGCAUGUGCUAGGAUGUGGUACUGCAAAGAAGAAGAGAAGAGUAAAGAAAGAAAAAUCCAUUGUUUAGUUUUCAUAAAUUCAAAUUAAAAUGUACCAUUACACUCAGAGGAUCAACAUGAAAUCAAAUAUAUGCAAAUUCUGUAUGAAGUACAUGACUGAUAACUGUUCUGUCCUGAGCUUUUGUUUCCUAUAGCACCCACUUGAGCACACCACCAGUUUUCACGCCAAAUUUUCAAGUGAGGAAUAUCAGCAAUUAAAUCUCCUUUAAUUGCUGAUGUAAAUGGAGAGUCCAUGAAAUUAGCCAAGUAACUCCUAAAUGUGUGUAGAUUAAAGAAAAUUAUUUUACCUGGAUAUGAUUGUCUCUGAUAAGCCUAAGGUACAAAACAUGCUGGCGAAGUUUUUCUAGCUCCUCCAGAAUUUAAAAUGUACAAAAAAAACAGAGCGACAUUUCUGGGUCGUGACCGGAAAUACACAGAAGUGAGGGCGGACUUGAACAAAGGCUAGAAGGCUGUCCACUGUUUAGUUGUAUACUCCUUGUUUGUUCAAUAAAGUUUCUAUGGGGGCUGUCCACAGCCGCUCACUUCCUGACUACCUGUCCGCCAAAGCAUCCUACCCACGUGACAUAGGUAGGAUCCUUCAGAGCAUCCUUCCCCUGAAUUCGGACACAGCAAAUAACUCCAGCGAGCAGCACUUGAUGGAAAGGGUUAGGGUUAGAAAUGUAUGACUGAAUUGUAUUUUUUAAAUUGAAUGAAAAUCUUAAAAGUUUGAAGUUAAACACUUGGGGUGUUGUUACUGCGUGUUUCAUAAAGAGAAGGAGUGCUGCUAACUGAAACUAUGUUGCAGGCAGUUUCCAGUUUCUUGUCUGAAAACGUCCUUGGAAGACUAAAAAGGGGAAACAUCACCAUGUCAAUGAUCAUACAAAGAAGCACCAAUGCAGCGCCUGGGAAGCAGUGAUCUAAUCCUUCCAUGGAUCCGAACCCCCGUCCUUCCGAUCAUGGGGAAGCAAGGCUACCUACUGAACUGGCCCAGUUGUUCCUCAUUUUGUUUUUGUACUCAGGAGGAAUGCUGCUGUGUUCAGACACCAAAUAAAGAGUUUUGCACAUCAUGACUUCAGUCUGACUUUAUAGCGUUUUAUCAAACACGAUAAAUUUCAUGAAACACACAAUAUCAGCAGACGGACCUGCCUGUUUGCCAUUCUUUUUUUUUCUUUUUUCAUGUUGUUGAGACAGAGUGAUUGGCAUGCUGACUAUAACACAAGCAUGACUGCUGCUGACUAGUUCAAAAGUUUAAAAAAAAGAAAGACAAAAUGGCAGCAAAGCUUAAAAGUCAUUUUCUGGCCCACAUUUGUGUUUUAAGACUCUCCCUCUCUGGAGUUGGACACAGGAUACAAACGCACAUUGCUCCCUCCCGAUACAGUCGGCAGACAUGCUGCAGGACCGGAUGUUGCUGUCUACACCUGUUGCUUGUCAUGUGUUUUUUAAUGGUGUAAAGGUGAGAAGACCCGUGUGCUUUUUGUGCUCAGGAGUUUUUGUUUUCUGUCCUCAAACAGUCUGGGUAGAGUUCUCUUUUUUUCUCCUCCUCUCCCCUAUUGUGUUUCAUUGUUUAUUUUUCUAAAAGCUACCUGUCUCCCCAAUGUUGGUGUUUGUGUGUAUGGCUGGAUGAUACACGUUCAAAGGGUUAGGGGUUAGGGUUCUUAAACUGUUUCUUGUACUGGCUGGACUACAAUGUGGGAUGGAAGAAGCUGAAAGUGGUAUUCAGCAUGGCAGGCACGGUGGUGAGGGCAGACAUACUGGAGAACAAGGAUAGGAAAAGUACAGACCAAUCUCUCUCUCUUUAAAAAACAUAGACAGCAGGUUUACUACAGGUCUUUCCUGAAGGAAGGAAGGGUCUUGGGCAAAUUGGGAGGCCUGAUGGGAGGAGCAGGUAUGUAGUGGAGCUCUCAGUCUACCUAC